UAGUUAAUGAAGUGACUAUUUCAGAUGAUAAAACUGUAAGAACUGUAAGGUAUAUUUGUUAAAGAAUGAUUAUUCAAACAAUAAAUUUUGCUUACCCUACAGUGAAAAUCUAUGAUAUUUGGCAGUAUUUAGACGGUGUAUGUUAUCAAGACCAUGUACGCGGACCGCAUCACAUAGAGAACUGUAGUAUCGAAUUUAAACCAUCUAUUUCAUUCGAGGAACAAUUAUUAAGGUGUGAGUCGGAUAGAUCUUCAUUUCUUUUCUUCGACAAAACUAUAUUAGAAUGGGGGGCAACACCAAUGGGAGUCGGAAUGGUGGACGGAGAUUGCAUCUUUAUUUUCCUCUACAUGCCAGAUAUCACCAACACAGUGCUUAUGGACCUAAUUGUCGAGACUGGAAUUCGCGAAGCUAGGAGAAACGAAGAAAUUUCAUUCGGCUUAAAUUUGACCUUAGACGAUCCUUUACCGCUCCUACAUGUGUUUGAGGAGCAUGAACAUCCGACGGCAGAGAUGGCGGACAAUUGUUCGGCCCAGCUUAACUGCCUCAAAAAUGUUCUUUUUCAAGCGUUUGAUAUGACGAUAGAAACAUACACACUGCCACUGCCGGAGCAUUUACCGGAUUUUUCUAAAAUAAUUCUCAAGUUGAAUAAGAUGAAUUAUGUUCACGCGGACAAGUGUAUGUCAGAUGUCUAUGAUGUGCUGGCCAGGUAUGAGAACUCCGCCUAUAUCCUUGAGAACACUGGGAAGGUGGAGGAGGGUGAGAGAAGGUUAAACCUCAAGAGAGAUUUAUCAAAAACUCUGAAGGAAUUCCAACAAGCAAUUCAAUCUUACAACGGAGAAGUUGUUUCUGAAAUGUGUUUCAACGAUUUCUGGGAAAAAGAUGAAUAUAGAAAGAGUGGAUCUCCGGAGAAUAUCUUUGUUCUCGGCCCUGUUCGGAAUUUCACCUACAUCGACUCUUAUGUUGGAGAACCCACCCUGUAUCUCUCCGGGGUCACUGAGAACACGUCAUUAGAGGAGCUUAUUCUCAGCUAUGAGAAGUACACAAAGAUCAAAGUUGAUGAGAGAUGGGCGUUUGAAGAACUAGAUUUUUCAAUAUUUUGUUCAAACGAGGAACAUGAACAUAUUCAUUCUGUUCAAUGUUUUAUUCAACCAAUAUUUCGACUUCAAGACGCGCUCGGACUCGCGAGAAAAGUUAGUUUAGCAGUUCCUCUCCAGUUUAAGGAGAAAGAAGAUCAUAGAGAUAUCGACGCGCUUGUAGAUUUUAUACAGGGCGAGCCGGAAUCUACUCAAAAUAAAAAGAAAAAUAAGAAAAAGAAACGAAAAAGUAAUUUGCCUGAUGAAAAUACAUGCAGUUCUCAGUCCACAAUAAAAACAGUUGAUUCUAAUCCUAAUCUUGAUCCUAAUCCUGAUCCGUCCCAAGCUGAAACAUCUUCUCCUUUAUCUCCAACUGCAGCUAGGGCUACAACUGAACCUUGUGGUGCCCCGCCCUCCCCUCUUCAGGUCCAAUCUAGAUCUGAGAAUCUUGUGACUGAAUACACUGAGAAUGAUUUAGAAAAUCCGUGGGUCGAGUUUAAAACUGGCCGAGCUAAAUCAGAUUUAAAACCAGCCAAAAAUGGACGAAAACCAGAUCUCAAAGGGGUUGAUGUUAAGCGUUCUUUGACACAAAGAUAUGAAAAGAUUACAGCAGGGUACAAACCAAAUAAAGAAAAACCAUCAAAGCAUUCUGUGGAAAAAUCAAGACCAGGGAGGGAAAGUGAUGAUCAAAGAUCAGAAGUGGAAACAAAACCUGAGAAAUUAACAGAGAAAUUAAUUAGUAAUGAGAACAAUACAAUAGAGAGCCAAAGAGCCCGGUUACAGUCCCGGCUUGAACACCUUCAGCUGGAGCUCACCGAGAACGAGAGUUAUGGGUUAAAUAUUAUGAAGAAGAACCACCACGAGCUGAACCAAUUCCAGAAGAGCCUGGAGCAGUGCGAGGAUAAGAUCCACGUAAACGGUAAGUCCAUGAACAAGAUGGAUGCCGAGAUUACGGAGCUCCAGCAAUCUAUCCUGGAUAUUCAGAAAAAGAUUGGAGAACUCCAACUGAAUAAGAACCGGCUCCAGGCGGAAAAUGGAGAUCUGGAGGAGGAGAUAAAAAAAUUCCGACGGAGACGAAUAUUACUUGAGGCGGAGGUUGAUAAAGCCCUGCAUCCUGUAAAGGAUAGGAAACUAGAAAUUAACAAAGAGAUUCAGAUGAUAAAAGAAAAUUUAAGAUUUUUGCAACAAGAGACGAAGACUGCAUCUAAAGAUUGUUCAGGUUCAGUUAAGAGUUCCUCAUCAUCCACCACUGCACAUUCACAGCUUCUUCUAGAGUUUCUGAGCUGUCAGAUAGAGCAGAAGUCACGUGACCUUGAGUGCCCGGUGUGCCUAGAGACAUCAGAGACUCCAAUAUAUAUGUGCUCAGAACAGCAUAUCAUUUGUUCUAACUGCUGGCAAAAGGUGAUCCGAACCCGAAGUGAGUGUGUUGAGUGUCGAACUCCAUAUCCAGUUCAACCUAUGAGACACCGGUAUAUGGAGAAGGUUGCAGAGGAACUAGCAGAUCUUAUCACGAAGAAAAAUAAGAUUGUUGAUAGCAAUCCUUCACCAACCAGGAUGGAGAAGGCGGGGGCGGAGACUAAUCAGGAGGAGCUGAAUCUCCAGGGUUCGGAGGAGGAACCUAAGUGUGUGUUUGGACCGCGUGAGUUGCCUCCGAUGCCCUGGUUCGGGAUGGAUAUCGGAGGAACUCUCUCGAAACUGGUUUAUUUUGAACCGGAGGACACAUCGGAAAGGGAGGAGGAAACUGUGAGUAAUAUCAGGAAGUAUUUGACGAACAACUUGGCAUACGGGGAUAGUGGACACAGAGACGAGGAUAAACAGAUGGAAGAUCUAUUCAUCCGACAUAGGAGGGGUAGAGCACACUUUAUCAGGUUUCCCACGACCCAAAUGGCAUCCUUCAUAGAGCUCGCCAAGGAAAAGGGGAUGGCCAACACCCUGAUCACUGUUUGUGCCACGGGAGGAGGAGCUUACAAGUUCGAGAAGGAUUUCCUCCGGGAGCUGAACAUGCAGCUCCACAAGUUCGACGAGUUGGACAGUUUGAUGAGCGGGCUCCAGUUCAUCGAGCAGAACAACCCUAAGGAGCUCUACUUCUGGGAGAACCCGGAGGAUGAUGAAUCCGCGGAGAAGGUUUCUUUUGAUUUCCGGGAUCCGUAUCCGUUCAUGCUCGUCAAUGUCGGCUCAGGAGUUUCUAUACUUGCAGUACGAGGUCCGGAGGAUUAUACUCGGGUUUCUGGAACCUCGCUUGGAGGAGGAACCUUCCUCGGCCUCUCCAGGUUACUGACGCAAUGUGAGACGUUUGAAGAGGCUCUGGAGCUAGCGUCCAGGGGGGAUAAUAGGAACGUGGAUAAACUUGUCAAGGAUAUAUACGGAGGAAAUUAUGACAGGUUUCAUCUUGCUGGAGAUAUUGUGGCGAGCAGUUUCGGUCAGAUGAACAUGAGCGACAAGAUCGCCGCAGCGAGUAAAGAGGAUUUGGCGAAGGCGACGCUAAUGAUGAUCACGAACAAUAUAGGUUCAAUCGCUAGACUCUGCUGCAGAAGUGAAGGAAUAGAGCGAGUUGUGUUUGUGGGGAAUUUCUUGAGGAUUAAUACUAUCGCUAUGAGAAGCCUGUCAACAGCAAUGGAAUUCUGGUCAGGGGGAACUAUGAAGGCUCUAUUCUGUGAGCAUGAAGGAUAUUUCGGAGCUGUUGGAUGUCUUUUGGAGCUCAUGAAAACCCACUAAAAUUGGGAAUUAUUUAGAAAAACAGGGAACAAAAAAUCCACAAAACUUUAACUAGGUUUAAACCUUAUCUGUUACAAAAUGCACAUCAUUAUAUAUUGAUAUGAAACGAACGCAGAAAAGAGUAGAAUCCGCAAAAUUUAUAAAUAAACGUUUACAUGUUAUAAUUUAUAAGAUAUUAAGAUAAAAUAUUAAGAUUAUUAAUGUUAUAUUGUUUACCGCAUCGGUACAUAAUCAGCUUAAAUGUUGCAUGGCUCGAAUAUAUAUAUAAAUCUAUUAACGUGAAAAGCCUGAACAAAUUCCUAAUAAUAUAUUUGUGAAUUAGAAAAACAAAAAUUCAUCUGCACAGAAUUUCCAGACACACAAAGAUUAAAGAAUAUUAUAUGUCGUACAGUACAAUUUUUUAAACUGAAAAAUGUACUCUCUGAACUCUGCGUACUGUUUAAUGUAUGUGUAACAUGUAAUGUACCAUAUAUUUGUUAUUUGUUGUUUAUAUUUAAAGCAUUUAUUAUCUCAUGCUAGAGUCGCCUUUUUUUAAUGUGAAUAUGUUCAACACUCAGAUAUGAAAGGGACUGUAGACAAAAUUUUAAGAGAUUCCAUUAAAAAAAA